AUGGGACUAGUAGCAGGUCAUAAAAAAAUGAUCGUAAUCUUUCUAAUUUUAACUUUCGAACAUCUUGUUUAUAGUGAUGGGAGUUGCAAUGGUAUUAAUUGUGGUUCUGGCAGUUGUAUAACAACGGCCAAUCCUAGUUUACCGUACUAUUGUAAAUGUUCAAAUGGUUUUAAUACAAUUUUACCAUGUCCACCUGAAAAUCCAUGUUCACGUAAUCCAUGUGGUCAAGGAACAUGUGAAACUGUGCCUAAUCUACUCUAUGGUUAUUUAUGUCGAUGUGCUGGUGAUAUAAUAUCAUUAACGAAUUGUAACGUGACUUUUAACAAUUGCGCUUCUAAUCCGUGUGCUCAUGGCUUAUGUGUGGAAGGUUUAACAAGUUUUACUUGUAAUUGUUUACCAAUGUGGACAGGAAAAACUUGUGAUGAACACAUCGAACUGUCGUGUUCAACUAAUCUCUGUGGUGCCGGCAAAUGCUUUGAUAUCAGUGAUCCAUCGUUUCCAUAUGUGUGUUUAUGUCCGAAUGGAAAUUUUGGAAUAUCAUGCUCGGACGAGAAAAAACAUCCAUCUACUCUGACAGGUCGUAUACUUGCAAAUGCGGCGCAUUUAUCAGAUAUAUGCAAUCCAUUAAAUCCCGAGGGUUGUAUGAAUGGUGGUAAAUGCCUUCCAACGAUGGAAGGCUACCAUUGUCUUUGUACUGCUAGUUUUACGGGUCGGUUUUGUGAGAUAGGUAUCGAUCCAUGUACAUCGAAUCCUUGUACUCAUGGCGGUGUUUGCUUUGAUCUUUCAUCAUCAUAUAUAUGCGCUUGUCCCGACGGUAGCUUUCGUUCGCAAUGUUUGCCUAUUGAAGACUCAACAGUAUUUGCUCAUAAACUCUAUUGUCCAUGCCAAAAUGGUGGUGAUUGUACAAUGAUGAGUUCACAGCCAUGUACAUGUCCAAAUGGAUUUACGGGUCGUUUUUGUGAAACUGCAUUGCCAAUGGAUGGUUGUGGACAAAUUCAAUGUGUUAAUGGUGGUGUUUGUUAUGAAAACUUGCCUGACCUAUCUAUUUCAGCUUAUUGUUUAUGUAAAAAUGGAUACACAGGAAAAUUUUGUGAAAUAGAAUAUUUUCAAUGUCAAGGAAACGGUCGUUUUCUUGAUCAAUAUAAUUGUGCUAAUGGAAAAUAUUUUGAAUGCAUUCAUUAUGAUAAUGAUGGAUCCAGUCCAUACGGUGUAUUAUUGAGUCGAAAUUGUCCUGCAACACUUCGAUUUAAUGUCUUCAUUGAUCAAUGUGAUUAUUCGACAAACGUGCAAUGUAUUUAG